AUGAAGGCAAGCGCCCUUGGAAAGAAUGAAAUACUCUUCCUGCUUGACUUUAUUUUCAAACAAAACGUUAUUACUACUAAAGCAACGAAUACUACAAAUAAUAAAUUAAAGGAAGAGGUAUGGAAAUCCCUAGCGCAGGAGUUCAGUGCGAUGGCGGGAGAAUUGCCUGAGCAACUACGCUUAAAGUGGGAAAACUUAAAGAAGUCUGUAAGGAAACGCAACACAUCUAUAAGACAAUAUAAUUUAAAGACCGGUGAUGGUAAAAUGUACAUCCUUCCUGAUGAAGCACUGUACCUUGUAACAUUUAUGUUAAAAGCAACAUGCAUGGGGUUCACUGUGGAGUUUUAUGGUGACGGAAAAAAAAGAAAUGUUGCCACCAGAUGCGGUUGUGGAACUCAUUGA